AUGCCAGGCAACACUGGCUUCUACUAUGCCUCCAUUCGGAAAGUGAAACUGCUCAGCGUCUUGUGGGAUGCUGUGCUGAAGGCGGGUCCUUGGCGUUGUUUCAAGGCAGCUGGGGAGCUGGGCGUCGAAUGCCGCUUGAAACCUAACCUCGAUGGCCAGCCGAAUUUCUGGAGCGCCCUGAGACGGCUCAGAAAGAGCCUAGCGCCGCCCUGCUUCCGCAUCUGUCGCGGUGAUGCUGGGCAGGAUGGCCAAUGCAAUGUGACAGCUGAGGAAGAGAUCUUGGACUACUGUGAGAUGGAUCCCUUUGAACAUCGCACUGGUUGGGGCCACCGAGAUGACAAAGGACCUGUAUCCUACCAUGCCAACUUCAAAGUGGGCAGAAAGCCAAAGAUUGCUGCCUUAACGGGCAUGGGCGUAUGGCAGCCAACCUGCACUUGA